AUGUGGCCCAUGGGAGCGGCCUGGUUGGUUCAGCACAUGGUCGACCACUAUCGAUUCACGGGUGACAAGAGUUUUCUCUCCACUAUCGCCUAUCCGUGUCUCAUCGAUGUCGCCACGUUCUAUGAAUGCUACACUUUCGAGCAUGAAGGUCGGAGAGUCACAGGCCCUUCUCUCUCACCUGAAAAUAACUUCAUUGUGCCGGGUAACUUCAGUGUUGCGGGGCGCGCCGAACCUAUGGACAUCGACAUCCCGAUGGAUAAUCAGCUUAUGCACGAUGUUUUCAGUGCCAUCAUAGAAGCUGCGAAAAUCCUCGAGAUACCUGACUCAAAUCCUGACCUCAUAAAAGCCAAAGAGUUUCUUCGGCUGAUCAAGCCUGCUCAAGUUGGCUCUCAAGGUCAAAUUCUAGAAUGGCGCUAUGAGUACAAAGAGAAAGAUGCUGCGCACAGACGCAUUUCACCGUUAUAUGCCCUGCACCCAGGAAAGCAAUUCUCACCCCUAGUUAAUAGCACACUUAGCAAAGCAGCUGAGAUACUCUUGGACCGUGGCAGGGCAGCUGGCUCGGGGAGCACAGGUUGGAGCCGGACCUGGAUGACCAACAUGUAUGCAAGAGCUUUCCGUGGUGCCGAUGCUUGGAAGGAAGUUAAGGGCUGGUUUGCCAAUUUUCCCACGGCGAACCUCUGGAAUACAGACAAUGGAAAGACUUUCCAGAUCGACGGAAACUUCGGAUUUACCAGUGGGGUCACCGAGAUGCUUCUCCAGAGCCACGCGGACGUCGUACAUAUUCUUCUCGCAUUGCCAGCUGAAGCUAUACCAAAUGGCAAGGCGACAGAUUUGGUCGCACGAGGAAAUUUCGUAGUUGAUAUUGAGUGGGAAGACGGAGCGUUGAAAGGCGCGACUGUGACAGCAAGAAAUGGUGGGGAGCUAAGGCUUCGUGUUGGAAAUGGCGAGGCGUUCUUGGUAGAUGAUGAGGUUUGGUCUGGUUUUGUUCAAACGGCUACAGGGGACAGAGUCAAGAUCACCCCGGCCAUCAAACCAGAGCGGUAA